GAAUCCAGGAGGGAGUUGAAUGUGCUCUUGCCACUGUUUUUGAUCUAAACUAAAGUUUCAGCUGUCAAGACAUUGAACUGAACUUUUUAUUUGCACAAUAAAGGCGAACAUGUCAUCACUGUGCCUUUGGAAACACAGACAAACAACCCAGUAAGGACAAUGUUGACCAUUUUUGGACUCGACAUGCUUCAGAUAUCACGAAAUAUCCGGGAUUCCGGAGUAAGGCAUAUCUAGAUGUAUUUUAUGAGCUCAAGACUGCCAGAAAGCUUUUCUGUCUCUUCAUAACACUUCUUUUUGUGGAAAUACCGACCAUCAUGGGCGACGCUAGUUUGAACAACUCUAACGUGAAGGUGGCGGUUCGGGUUCGGCCCAUGAACCGGAGAGAAAAGGACCUGAAUACAAAAUGUGUUGUGGACAUGGAGGGGAAUCAAACUUUUCUCUACCCGGCAAACCUGGGAAAAGAUUCCAGCAGAGGUCAGCCAAAGGUCUUCGCCUACGACCACUGUUUUUGGUCAAUGGAUGAGUCGGAAAUGGAGAAGUUUGAUGGUCAAGAUGUAGUGUUUCAGUGCCUUGGGGAGAGUCUUUUGCACAACGCCUUUCAGGGUUACAAUGCCUGUAUUUUUGCAUAUGGGCAGACUGGCUCUGGGAAGUCAUACACCAUGAUGGGUUCGGUGGACCAGCCCGGUCUGAUUCCCCGCCUCUGUAGCUCUCUGUUUGAACGGACCAUCCAACAUCAACGGGAGGAGGAGAGCUUCACCAUAGAAGUCUCUUAUAUGGAAAUCUACAACGAGAAAGUCCGGGACCUGCUGGAUCCCAAAGGGAGUCGGCAGGCCUUGAGAGUGAGAGAGCAUAAAGUUUUCGGGCCUUAUGUUGAUGGACUGUCCAGACUGGCAGUAGAAAGUUACAAGGACAUUGAGUCCUUGAUGUCUGAGGGGAAUAAAUCUCGCACCGUGGCUGCCACCAAUAUGAAUGAAGAGAGCAGUCGUUCUCAUGCUGUUUUCAAUAUCAUCCUCACACACACACUGAAGGACCUGCAUUCAGGGACAAGUGGGGAAAAGGUUAGUAAGUUGAGUUUGGUGGACCUGGCAGGAAGUGAGCGAGCUGCUAAGACAGGCGCUGCAGGCGAGCGUCUCAAAGAAGGCAGCAACAUCAACAAAUCUUUAACCACUUUGGGGUUGGUGAUCUCAGCGUUGGCAGAACAGGGCGCUGGAAAGAACAAGAACAAGUUUGUGCCCUACAGAGAUUCAGUGCUCACAUGGCUGCUCAAGGACAGUUUAGGUGGAAACAGUCGGACUGCCAUGGUUGCCACUGUGAGUCCAGCGGCAGACAACUACGAUGAGACCCUGUCCACAUUGCGUUAUGCCGACCGAGCAAAGAGCAUCGUCAACCAUGCCGUCGUCAAUGAAGAUCCCAAUGCAAGAAUUAUUCGAGAACUCCGGGAGGAAGUGGAGAAACUGCGAGAUCAGCUGACACAGGCUGAGUCUAUGAAGGCGCCAGAGCUGAAGGAGAGGUUAGAAGAGUCUGAAAAAUUGAUCCAGGAGAUGACUGUAACCUGGGAAGAGAAACUGAGGAAGACUGAGGAAAUUGCACAAGGGAGGCAGAAACAGUUGGAGAGUCUUGGCAUUUCUCUGCAGUCAUCUGGCAUAAGGGUUGGUGAAGAUAAGUGCUUCCUGGUCAACCUCAACGCUGAUCCUGCUCUCAAUGAACUGUUGGUCUAUUACCUCAAGGAGCACACUAAUGUUGGAUCAGCAGACUCUCAGGACAUCCAGCUUUGUGGAAUGGGCAUCCAUGCAGAGCAUUGUGUCAUUAACAUCACUCCUGAGGGAGCUGUCUUUCUCAACCCUUACAGAAACUCAAGAACUUGUGUUAAUGGAUCUCCAGUCACGAGUCGGCAACAGCUUCACCAUGGUGAUCGUAUUUUAUGGGGAAACAACCACUUUUUCAGGAUAAACCUCCCUAAGCGGCGCUCACGAGGUGAGGAAGAGGAGGGUGAGGGAGGGAACAUGAAGAACAGUAACAGCAGCGAACAGCUGGAUGGAGAGGGAGACACAGCCAGUGAGGUGUCCAGUGAGGUCAGCUUCAGCUAUGAGUUUGCUCAGACUGAAGUCAUGAUGAAAGCCCUAGGGAGCAACGACCCCAUGCAGGCUGUACUUCAGUCUCUGGAGCGGCAGCAUGAGGAAGAAAAGAGGACUGCUCUGGAGCGCCAGCGGCUCAUGUACGAGCAGGAGCUGCAUCAACUACGCAGACAACUUACCCCAGACAGACAAAGCAUGCAGAUACCGCAGUCACAGCCAAUGCAGCCACACUACUGCAGCUUGGAGAGACUGAGCCAGGGAGGGAUGUCUUCAUCACCCAGUGCCCAGCAUCGCCUGCGCCAGUGGGGCGAGGAGAGAGAGGCAGUGUUGACGCGGAGUUUGAGGAAGCUGAGGGAGCAGAUUGUGAGGGCUAAUCUGUUCGUGCAGGAGGCGAGCUUCAUUGCUGAAGAGCUGGACAAAAGGACAGAGUACAGAGUUACCCUGCAGAUCCCUGCCGCAAACCUCAAUGCCAACAGGAAGCGAGAUGCUGUAUUGAGUGAACCUGCCAUUCAAGUGAGGAGGAAAGGCAAAGGGAAGCAGAUUUGGGCCCUUGAGAAGAUGGAAAACCGGCUGGUGGACAUGAGAGAGCUUUAUCAGGAGUGGAAGGACUUUGAUGAGGAUGAUCCUGUGAUGCGAUCAUACUUCAAAAGAGCAGACCCAUUCUUUGAUGAGCAGGUGAACCACAGUUUGAUCGGCGUGGCUAACGUUUUCCUUUCCUGCCUCUUCUACGACAUGAAACUGCAAUACGCUGUUCCCAUAAUCAAUCAGAAAGGAGAGGUUGCUGGGCGUCUACACGUGGAGGUGAUGAGAGUGGGUGGGGGGUUUGAUGACAGCAUAGUCGGAGGAGAUGACAGUGAUGGAAGCCCAGAGGGUGAAGUACAGGAACGCAAGCUGGUUUGUAAUAUUAAGAUCCUACAAGCUACCGGUCUCCCGCAGUACCUGUCCAAUUUUGUCUUUUGUCAGUACUCAUUCUGGGAUCAGCCAGAGCCCAUCAUUGUUGCCCCAGAAGUGGAUCCCUCCGCCUCUUUCUCCAGCAGCAAAGACCCCAACUGCAUGGUGGUGUUUGACAGUUGUAAGGAGUAUGCUGUGACUGUGACAGAGGAUUUUAUCGAAUAUCUGACAGAGGGCGUAAUGGCCAUCGAGGUGUUCGGACACAGGCUGUCUGAUCCUGGCAGGAACCCUGCGCUGUGGGAUCUCAGCAUCAUCCAGGCCAAAACGCGCACAUUACGUGAUAGGUGGAGUGAGGUCACGCGUAAGCUGGAAAUGUGGGUGCAGAUACUGGAGCUGAAUGAGAAUGGAGAGUACAUGCCUGUUGAAGUUGUACAGGCACGAGAUAUUCAAACUGGAGGCAUCUUCCAACUUAAACAGGGCCAGUCUCGACGGGUGCAGGUGGAGGUGCGUUCUGUGCAGGAUUCUGGCACAAUGCCUUUGAUAGCAGAGAUCAUUCUAGGGGUGUCUAUCGGCUGUGUGGAGAUCAGACAAGUGCGGAUAACCAAAGCGAAUGAUCCACAAGAGCCUGAGGGUGAUGAAAUGGACAGUUAUCAGGAGCGAGAUUUGGAGCGUCUGAGGCACCAGUGGCUCACUGCUCUCACUAAGAGACAAGAGUAUCUGGACCAACAUCUUCAGUCCCUCGUCAGCAAAAUGGAUAAGUCAGAGGAUGAUGUGGAGAGGGAGGCGCAGCUCCUCGAGGGCCGUUUGACGCUAACAGAGGAGAGAAAUGCAGUCAUGGUGCCCUCUGCUGGCAGUGGAAUACCUGGAGCUCCUGCUGAGUGGGUACCAGUGCCUGGGAUGGAAACCCACAUUCCUGUUCUCUUCCUCGACCUAAGCGCUGAUGACUUCAGCUCUCAGGACAACCUGGACGUCCCCGAGGCUGGCGGCUGGGACGCUACACUUGGUGCAGAGGAUGAGGAUGAAUUUUUUGACCUUCAGAUUGUCAAACACUAUGAUGGAGAAGUGAAAGCCGAAGCCUCUUGGGACUCCACAGUUCAUGAGUGCCCGCAGCUGAGUCGAGGUGCCACCCAAGAUCAGAGAGUGUACCUGAUCGUUCGCACCGUGGUACAGCUCAGCCACCCUGCAGAGAUGCAGCUAGUCCUGCGCAAACGAAUCUGUGUGAACCUCACUGGACGACAGGGAUUUGCUCAAAACUUCCUGAGGAGAAUGUCCACCAGGAGCACCAUACCUGGCUGUGGUGUGACCUUUGAGGUGGUCUCCAACAUCCCAGGGCAGGACAGUCAGAGUUCGGAGGACAGGGAGAUGCUCGCCCGUGUCGCUGCCAGUGCAGAGAACCCCAAAUCCUCGGACAAUGCAGCUGCUAUAGAGAAGUACCUGCGAAGUGUCCUGGCCGUGGAAAACAUCCUCACAUUGGAUCGACUGAGACAGGAGGUGGCAGUGAAGGAGCAUUUGGCAGGUAAAGGCAAAUGCAGCAGACGCAGUCUUAGUUCUCCCAGUGUACAUCGGUUAUCUGGAAGCAGACAGGAUCUGUCUCUAAACUCUGUACUGGAUGACAAAAAGAAUCUAUGGGAAAGUCAGCAAGAUAUCUACACGACGUCCUCCCAGUUCAGCAAAACACGACCAUCCCGACCUCCUACACCUCCUAUGCAGAGUCCGAAUCAGGACCCUGAGCAAGGUUUAUCAGGGCUUCCUGCUUCUUAUAUCUCCCCAGUCAAGGCCCUGGUCCCUCAGAUGCCCAAGCUGCUCAAGUCCCUGUUUCCAGUGCGCGAUGACAAGAAAGAUCUGAGACCUUCUCCACACUCACAACAGCAUAUGCCACGAAUAAUGAUGCAAACAGCCAACAGCCCAGAUGAAGGAAGAAUAAGAAUAGAACCGGUUACAGUAGUAGGGAAGAGUUCUGCUUCAGACAGACACCAAGAUGCCCCUGAUGCCCAAUCCUCUAUGCAUGAUCCGCAUGACCUGCCCCUGAGCCCCAUCAGCGAGUCCUCCAGUGGCUAUUUCUCUACUAGUGUCUCCUCUGCCACCCUUUCUGACGUCUCCAUUGCUUGCGGGGACCUUACCCCUACCCCCAGUACUCAAAUGGGCCCUAUAGCAUCCAGACACAGAGGUGACAACAAUGAAGACAGUCUACCAACACCUGUUAAUCCCUUUAUUGCUCCUGUAGAAGCUGGGCUAAAAUACGACCUCAAUGAGGAAACUCUGAGCCUCAAAAAUCCCGAGGUGGCCCUCAGGAAUGGUGUCACCUCUCAGCAAGAAGAGCUAAACGCAACCCCUCCCCAAGUGUUAAGUACCUCCACAGAUAACCCUUUCUCCCUCCAGAAGGUCAGAGCCAAUGAACUCAGGUCUUUCACUAGCAUUCUUGGUCAGGAACAAGGAGACAGUGGUGGAAAUGGCACCACAACACAAAGUCGUCAAACUAACAGUCUGGAAAAGCUUGAGAUAACCUCUGAUGAGGAUGUGGAACCCAAGGAACUUGCUUGGCUCAAGGUAGGAGGAAGAGUAACUGUGGGAACUAACAAGUCCGGCACUGUUCGCUACAUCGGCCCAACACACUUCUCAGAAGGCAUCUGGGUCGGGGUGCAACUAGACACUCUCUCAGGUAAAAAUGAUGGUUCCAUUGAUGGCCACCAGUACUUCCGCUGCAACCCUGGUUAUGGAGUGCUAGUACGUCCUGAUCGGUUAAUUCGACGGGAAGCUUCCAAAAGUCACGCUGAAAAUCGCCGCAGUGGGGAAUUUACUCAGCAACUUCGGGGAGGGAUCAGCACCGCCAUUCAAAAAGGGGAGAAUCGCAAAUCUUGGACCAGCUAAUUGACAUUGAGUUGACCAGGAUACAACUACAAUGUUAUUGCAGAUUAGCUCUAAUUACAGAAUAUAAAUCAACUGGAGGAGUCCACUUACAUUCAUCACUGUGCUGGGGCUAAUCUUCUUUCUGAGAUCCAACUUUGCAUGGAGGUGGUACAACAUCACUUUAAGUGCUAUGUGUAGCACAUGGGUGAGAUAUGACAUGGCAUGCCAUCAUGGGUCUCCUCGAGAUUAUCGUAAAUAUUCAUUCAGAGUGAAUGAGGCUCCCUCUUCUUUGGGGUCAACCCAUCAUUCUCCUUGGCUGUAGUUUUAUCAAGAAUCCGUUUUUGGACUAAUAUUUUAAAUUAAGAUUGAUUCAUCUUCCUAGCUCAGUCAGUUAUUGAUUUUUUUUUUUUUUUUGUGUCCUUGUUAACACUAGCAAGAACAUGUUGGUCAAGGGCUUGGUCUGUGUGGAAGAGAUUUUCUCAGGGAUCAGACAAAAUUAUUGGAUAUAUGUGUAAGAUGGCCAGGCGGGUUUUUAGCUUGAAGCCACUGUUGAGGGCGUAUGCAUGUAUUUACUGUAAGUGCAUCCUUCUAUUUAAACAAAAAAAUCGGGUGUUGCCCUGAGAAGGUAAAUGCAGGUAGUUGAUGUAUGUUUGUUCAUGUUGUUACUCAUGUGCUACUCUUACUGGGACUGUUAUUGGAGGACAUCAUCCACACAACCAUUUAUGUGUUUUGGUAUGGUGCCAUUGGUACACGAUUGGUAUGGAGCUAGCCAUUGGAUCCGACAUUGUAUGGGGAGAAUUUUUUGACGUGAUUUGAAUUGGCAUUGUUUAUAUUAACUGGCUUAAUGAUACUUUCACUUAAUGGUCUGAUGAUGGACCGAAAUAAACUUAUUUAAGAAGGGCUUAUUUACAACAUUGAACUACAACCUGGUAGCUUGGUGCGCAUUUUAGUAAGCAGCCUUUUAAUUAGAAUGGGGUUAUUGCAAUUACUUCAGCACAAGGCAAAAUUUAAAUGAUUUGUUCUGCAAUUUCCCCAAAAGUUGCUCCGUUUUUGUUUGAUUGGCUUUGAAAGUUCUUUCACAAGAAAGUCACAGUAAAAACACAUUCCAGUUUCAAAUUUAGAUUGGGAGCUAAAUAAUUAUAUGUUGAACCAAUUACUGGCAAUAUGUUCAUCUUAUUAAUUAAAUUUGAAAUGUAAUUUCAUUAAAUAUUUUUUUUUUAACGAACUGUAUCAGAAAGUGGGCACAUUUAUAGUGUUUUUAAUAAGGAGCACGGAUCCAUAUAAUGCCCUGAAAUUCACAUCAUAAGGGAGAAAAUAGACGUGUUACUCCAUUCUUUUUAUAUUCUAUUUUAGUGGAAGUCCUUUUGUGAAUUCUGAAAUCUAACGCAAUAUCAAAUUAAAAUAUAUUUUAAUGGUUGUAGGUAUGUAUAUUGAUUUUGUUAAGUGUAAAAAUAAUCCCAUGAAUGGAAAAUUAAUUUGCACAUUUGAUUUAUAGUAGCUUAUUCUAGUUUUAUUCUAAAUUACUGUAACUUAAACUAACCGAUGAUCCACUGUAAAUCUGCAUUUCACUGGACUUUUUGCUGAAGUCAAUUUUUUUUUUUUUUUUGCAUUUU